AUGCUCUGUUUGCGUGCUCCUGGUGACGCUGGUGCUGCGCAGGCAUGCACGCAGUGUGAGGCACGAAGGUACUUUGUCUAUUGGCGGGUCAUCACCACCAUCCACCCCGUCCCCACCACCAUCACGACCACCACCACUGUCACCGUCGCCAUCAGCACCAUCAUCAGCAUCACCAUCUGCACCACCAUCAGCACCACCAUCCGCACCACCAUCCGCACCACCAUCCGCACCACCAUCCGCACCACCAUCCGCACCACCAUCCGCACCUCCGAGUUCGAAGUCAGGCACGCAAGACACCUCCUCUCAGCCACCCUUGGCAGGCCAGCCGCCUUCUGCAGCGUGCCACCUGGGGUUAUAGCAGCGAUUGCGGCCGGCAUUGUUUGUCUUGUGCUGCUUCUUUUCCUGGUCGGUUUCUUUGUGUGGCGACGCCGACAGCGCAAGGAGCAUCAUGAUCACGAGAGUGCUGCGGUGCAAAAGGCCUUGAAGGCAGGAGCACAGGACAAUGACGAGGAGGAGGGUCGACCAGUAGUCCCAGUAGCAGCGGGCGGGCCUGUGGUGUGUCGGGAGCUGCCGUACUGGGAGGUGGAGCAGAUGGCAUCGAAGCACCACCCGCACCUGGUGCGGCUGCUGGGGUACUGUGUGCACAUGGAUGCAUGCACGGAGCAGCACGAGCAGAUCGUCGUCUACGAGUUCAUGGGGGGAGGAGACCUGCAAGCCUGCAUGCCCGCCCACCUCGCUGAUGCGGCUCAGAUCGCCUUCCUAGGGUGUCCGGACAUUGAAGUGGGGACAGCGAAAAGUGCAUUCCGCACGUGCAAGGCAUUGGGGUGGGGUGUGCGGGGAGGGUGGGGAGUGUGGGAAGGGUGGGGAGUGUGGGAAGGGUGGGGAGUGUGGGAAGGGUGGGAAGGGUGGAAGGGUGGGGAGUGUGGGAAGGGUGGGGAGUGUGGCAAGGGUGGGAAGGGUGGGGAGUGUGGAAAGGGUGGGAAGUGUGGGAAGGGUGGGGAGUGUGGGAAGGGUGGGGAGUGUGGGAAGGGUGGGGAGUGUGGAAAGGAUGAGAAGAGGAGUUGA